GCAGGAGAGGCGUGUCAACGCGCGCGGACGCGCAGCGAUGAUCCCCCCCAUGGGAGACAGCGCGCCCUUGACUGGAGCGGCGAGCGAGGCGUUUUGCUGCGGCCUGAGCACCGUUCGUGCCGCGAAGCCCCUCGGGAACGAACGUCCGCGGAAGUCGCCGGACAGCUUCGCUUCUUCACCUUUCCCGAGAGCACCGCGCGAAUCGCGCGGCGACUGGGAAAUCUGUGGCCGAGCAGGUAAAGAUGGACGUGCCGGCCUUCGCGCCCUUCCCGGCUCGCGCCGCGGGUCUCCCGCCCCUGCCACGCAGCCUUAGCGCCCUGCUGCACUCGAGCCGCGAGAGCUGGCGGGACGCGGGCCGCCUCUACGCCGCGCGCAGCCGCCUGCACGCGGAGCUCCAGGCCACGGGGUCCGGCCACGCCGACCUGGCCGGCUCCUAUUCAUCCUCCUCGUCAUCCGCCACCGCCUCCUCCGCCUGCUACCCGGCGCGUGUCGCCCGGCCGCACGGCCUGGGUGCUGCGUUGGCGCUCCUCCGUCGGGAGAUGGUGGGCCUGCGGCAGAUGGACCUGUGGCUGCUCUGCCAGCUGUGGACCCUACAGGAGGCCCUGCUGGACGUGAGGCCUUGCUCAGGCCUGGGGCCCCGGUCCCCUCCGCUUGCUGCCGUGGACAACGCCGGCGGUGGAGGCCUCCGAGCUAAAGGGGACGUGUUCAAUCCCUGGACGGGGCCAAGUGCCGGAGAGACAGAGGGGCGACAGACAGGCACGAGCAGUGAGCCCCAGCAAGGGCGGUCGCUCUUCAUCAGCAUCUGAAGAGGUGACCCCCCCUCUCCACGUCUUCAACAGCAUCUGAAGAGGUGACCCCCCCUCUCCAACUUUUCAACAGCAUCUGAAGAGGUGACCCCCCCUCUCCACCUCUUCAACAGCAUCUGAAGAGGUGACCCCCCCUCUCCACCUCUUCACCAGCAUCUGAAGAGGUGACCCACCCCCCACUAUGUUCCACCUGCCAGACCACAUGGGAGCUGUGACAAGAGUCGACCUUUGUAAGAGUCCACCUCAUGCGAGGCAGCGUUACGCAAGUCGGCAUCACACGGGUCAACCUCACGCGAGUCGACCUCACCGGAGCCAACCUCUUACAAUCACACUCACGCGAGGUCGACCCCGCAUGAGUACACCUGAGUCGACCCCGAAUGAGUACACCUGAGUCGACCCCGCGUGAGUACACCUGAGUCGACCUCACCUGAGUCAACCUCUUACAUGCAGAGUACAGGUGUGUCGACCUCAGUCAACAUGACCAAGAGUCGGCGUUACUCGGAAUCAUCAGCAUCAUCAUCCGUCCUCGCGAUGGGUCACUCUCGCGGGAGUCCACCUGCCGAGUCAUCCAUCGUCAACCGGUUUGCGGGCCCCAUGAGAUGAUGGAGCUGCCCCGCUGUUUGGUCCACGGAUUGAAGACUGCUGACCACCCCAUGUGUUAAAUCUCUUCUGUGUGUGUGUGACGGAUCUGUGUGUGUGUGUGUGUGACGGAUCUCGAGAUCCAGAUCCGUCACAUACACAGACCCGUCACACACACACACACAAAUUCCUCACACACACACACAGAGAUCCGUCACACACACAGAUUCCCUGUGUCCUCCCUGCUUGUAACGGUCGUUAAUUUAUCAAUAAAUGCCGCGUUUGUAAAUUAAA